AUGUACUUGCACACUUUUCAAACAUCAUUGGGCCCCGUCAAAGCUGAGUUGCUCACUCCAGAAAACUUUCAGCCGUACGGCGGGGUGCUCAGCGCAGAUGAACAGAUCAAGAACGCUCAGGCCUCCAGUGCCAACUAUGGAACUGCAAUCAAAUUGCACAAAGUUGCACCUGUGACGAAUAAUUUUAGCAAAUGCAAGAGCGGCAAGCCAGCUCAAGCAAACUGGAACAUUUUCAGGUGCUCUGCUCCAAAGCACUUGAUCUCUGGAUCAAAGACCAAGGCCUACAAGGCAACUGUUCUCGAGAGACACCCAUACAGCUCCCAGACUUUUGUGCCUAUGGGCCAGGAUUUGGAAAAGGUUUCAUACCUUGUUGUCGUGGCCGAUACAGACGAACUGCUGGCCGAUAAACUUCCGAACCCAAACAAGAUCAAGGCCUUCUUGUGCAGAGGCAACCAAUCUGUCACUUACGGUGCUGGCACCUGGCAUGCUCCCAUGGUUGUCAUCGACGAGAAGAUCCCACACAUUGACUUUGGCGUGUUCAUUCACGAGAAUGGCGUUGCCGGAGAAGACUGCCAGGAAUGCUCCUUCGAGCCAGGCUAUUCCAUUGAGUAUCAAGACCCGUACGCUGCCAGACUCUAA